AUGUCCGAAGUCGCUCACGAUUACACCCGCUGUCUUCAUACAUAUGUCCCUCCUCCUCUCCCUAAGCUCAACCUUCCACCACUCCCACCUGUUACUGAUCUCAGACUUCAUCAGAUGGUUUUCACCCAUGCUAGUGCCCAAACGAUGCCCAAAAAGUAUGGAACAGCCAUGAACCUCAUUGACGGUCAAGCCGGAGUCAGUUACGAAAAACUCGAGUUUGUUGGCGAUGCUCUUCUAGAAACGAUCAUCGUCACCUUGGGUCAUGAUUUAUACCCUAAUCACCUACAGGGCAGUGCAACUAUCUUGAGGGGUAUUUUGGCGGCCAAUGCCACUCUCGCUCAAGUCUCUGUGCAGUAUGGUCUCCCACAUAGGAUCCGAUCUGAAUCAUCCUUAAGACAUAAUAUAAAGAGAAGCGAAAAGAUCCAAGCGUCUGUUUUCGAAGCGUAUAUCGCUGGAGUAUACUAUUCACUUUUGGGUCAUAGAGGUAACACGACUCCGAAGUCAGCCGAGCUAUUCAACAAACAAGAAGCUAAAGAAAUCGACAAGGCUGUUCAACAGCUGACAUUAGCAGAUCACAUGAGAAAUGAAGAAGACAAUAUUCCCAAACCCACAACUUUUACGCAAGAUGCAGGAUAUGUAGACGCUGAAUCCCAUACUGAUUCUGAUACCAGUACUGACUCCCAAUCUGAUGACGAAGACUCUGACCAAUAUGACGGUAUUGAGAUCUUAUUCGAAGAGCCUUCAUUGGAGGAAAAGUCUGAUGACUCUGAGGAACACUUACCUCAAUCCAGUACUUGCCCUGGUGAAGGCUCCUCUGAAUCUUCUAUCGAAUUCCCUGACCAACACUCGGAAGACACCUCUUCUUCAGAUACCAUCAGGCCUUGUAUGACUCGAGGUCAGGCUAUCGAUUAUCUUUUCAAUUGGCUCGAACCAGUAUUUACCCCGAUCGCCCAUUUUGUGGUCGAAAAUCUCAAAGUAGAAGAAAAGCGACUUGAAACUGUUCCUCGGGUUAGGCAAAUCCAGCUCAUACCCCCUGCAGAAUGGUUAGAAGAGGAUAAAAAAGCUCGCGGCUCAAAGGCUUUCUUACAUACGCAUGGUAACAUAGUAGAAAUGCCUACCUACAAGGACACUCGACAUGAAGGAAAAUUAGCUACGCCGCUUUGGAAAGUCGUAUGUACCGCCAAAGAUGUAUUUGGGAAAGAAUGGUCUGCCGAAUCAACAAGGUUGACUAAGCAAGCAGCUAGCUCAGUAGCAGCUUGGAAGGUCUGCGUCGCUAUGGGAAUUCUUGAAGAAGAAGAAGAACAAGAAGAACUAGAAGAGGUAGCUAACCAGUCUGGUAAAUGA